CUUUGUCGUAAACCGGAACGACAACAAGACGCAUGGGACGGAGUUGAAACAACGUGUCGUACAGCUGAACUUGUUUCCGUGGAUCCCGCGUCACCAUGGCAGCCAAACCCCAAAAGCCGUUCUCCUCCCAGCCUGGACGAAAACCGUCAUUCAAAGGAAAAGGAAAAGACUUGGCGGGGACCAAAUUCGGAGGGAAACCUGGAGCGAAAAAACCCUUCAAGCCGUACAAGAACACAGAGAAGAAGAGCAGACCAGGAAAACCAAACGAUGGCAGAAAACCAGGUUUCUCUAAAGCUGAGAAGAGGAAACGACCAGCAGGGGGCGGCGGUCCGCCGGCGAAGAGGGAGAAGAACGGCAAGAAGCCGCCGACCACAGAAGAAGAGCUGAAGAAGCGACUGCAGAAGAAGAGGGAGCUGAAGAACAACCGGCAGCAGGCGGAGAGGAAGGAGAUGUUUGACAUCAUCAGCCGCUGCAAAGCAGUAUGGGGGAAUCUCCGGAGGAAGAAAUGUGACACAGAGCAGAAGACGAAGCUGAUGAAGGAGCUUCAUGGACUGAUCCGUGGGAAGAUAAAGCAGAUGGCGUUUGCCCACGACUCGGUCCGAGUCCUCCAGUGUUUCAUUCAGUUCGGGAACCAGAAGCAGCGAUUUGAGGUGUUUGAGGAGCUGAAAGACAGCGUCCUCGACAUGUCCAAGUCGCCGUACGGGAAACAUGUGGUGAAGAAGCUGCUGAUGUACGGGAACAAGGAGAUGGUGGCCGCCAUCAUCCAGUUGUUCGGUGGUCACAUUCGCAAGAUGCUCCGCCACGCCACCGCCUCCACCAUCGUCGAGUACGCCUACAACGACAAGGCGAUGCUCGCUCAGAGGCUGAUGAUCACCGGCGAGCUGUACGGGAACACCUACGCCAUCUGCAAGUCGUUGGAGCUCAACACCAUCGAGAAGGUGUUGGCGGCGAACCCGGAGAAGCUGGAGAACAUCCUGGAGGAGACCAAGCAGGCCAUCGUGCCGCUGGCGCAGAAAGAACAGGUCAUCAGGCAUUCUGUGGUCCAUAAAGUCUUUCUGGAUUUCUUCCAGUUUGCACCUGAAAAGCAAAGAUCGGAGAUGAUCGAGUCCAUCAGGGAGUCUGUGGUCUACAUGGCUCACACUCACGACGGCGCCCGGGUCGCCAUGCACUGCCUGUGGCACGGCACAGCAAAGGACAGAAAAGUCAUUAUAAAAACCAUGAAGACCUACAUGGUGAAGUUCGCCAGGGGGGAGUUUGGUCACAUGGUUCUCUUGGCGAUAUUCGACUGUGUGGACGACACCAAGCUGGUCAAGCAGGCGGUUCUGUCGGAGCUGCUGUCCGUCCUGCCGGAGGUCCUCGGAAACAAACACGGUAAGAAGGUUCUGCUGUACCUGCUGAGGCCCAGAGACCCCACCCACAUGCUGCCGGACAUCGUUAAGCUGCUGGAGCAAGGAGACGGCAACGCACACAGUAAAAAGGACAUGGCGACCCGGCGGCGGGAGCUGCUGGAGGCCGCCUCCCCGGCGCUUUUGGACCAUCUCCAACUGAACACUGCUGCCAUGGUAACGAACAAGGCGGCCAGCGUCACCGUCAGAGACAUCCUGGCGUCGGCGUGCGGCGACCUGCGGCCCGCCAUGACAGCCGUGGCCCAGCUGGCCAAUCAGGAGCUGGUGCAGGGAGGAGUCGAGGGCCAGCUCCACCUGGCCGAACACCCAGCAGGACACCUGGUGCUGAAGUGGCUCAUAGAGCAGGACGCCAUGUUGGCCGAGAACGGCAGGGAGGAGUGCUUCAGCAGGAUCUUGGUGGACACGGUGGGGACGGAGACCAUGAAGAGCUGGGUCAAGGUCAACCGGGGAGCCAUGGUGCUCUGCAGCCUUCUGAACAGCUGUGACGGAUCUGUGGCUGCUGAGGUGAAGGCGGCGCUCACCGCCAUCAUCCCUGAGCUCCGGAGAAUCAGCGACCAUAAAGGAGCCGAAAUCCUGCUGCAAAAUCUGAACAAGUAGACGGAUGUCUUCAGGUUUUUGUUUUAUUACAAACGGACUGCAGAUGUUCAAACGUUGCUUCGUUUGGACCAUAAGACGUCCAAGACAUCGAGGACGACAUGAGGAGUGGACAGAGUCGGGAACAUUUUGGAGAUUUCAGCCAUUAAUCCUGAUCUGCUUCACUGAUUUAAAGGAUGUGUCGUAUAAAAAUGACACAAAUUCACUUUUUGGUGGGUUUUGGAAAACUUCAUAACAGUGGAGCAUGAAACCCAAACCUUUCAACGAUAACACCAAGACUGCCCAGUCAGCACACACCAGUUUGUGGACUGGUUCAGUCUCUGUUUUUUGUUUUUUGGUGAAAUAUUGUGAUAAAUGUUAUUAACUGAGAAGAAAAUAAAGAUUAUUGAGAUAU